UGUCAGCAGGUGACCGCAGCCGUCUGUGAGACGGCUGAGCGCAAUCGGCGGAGGGGACAGCGCUGCCACCCAGAGCCUGCGCGGAGCCGCCCCCAGGGGAGGGCGAGGAGCACCUGCAGCAGUUGUCAGAAAAGUGUUCACUGGUGAUCUGAGCAAAUGUCAGCAAAAAGGACUUAGAAGACUGUUUAACCGAUGUCUGAGAGACUCUUGACUGUACUGUAAAAAUGGAUCCCAACACCAGAAGAUCAAGAUGAAGGCAGUGUGGAGAAGGUCUAGACCAGAAACUAUAGAGCUGGGUUGCAUAGCAUGGACCUCAAAAAAGCCACAGCCAUGAAGAAGGAUCCACAAAGAAAUCUUGAUGAGGAUGUGAACCCCCAAACCACCCAGAAGAUAAGAGAUCACUUUGUCAAGUCUGGGGAGAGAAACCAAGGGACUGCUCUCAUGGCAGGGAAGCCCAUUCUUCACUACUUCAAUUCACGGGGCAGAAUGGAGUCCAUCCGCUGGCUUUUGGCUGCAGCUGGAGUGGAGUUUGAAGAGAAGUGUAUUAAAACUCAAAAAGACUUGGAAAAAUUAAAAAAUGAUGGAGUUUUGAUGUUCCAGCAGGUGCCCAUGGUGGAGAUGGAUGGGAUGAAGCUGGUGCAGACCAGAGCCAUCCUCAACUACAUUGCCAGCAAAUAUGAUCUCUAUGGGAAAGACAUGAAAGAGAGAGUACUUAUUGACAUGUAUGCAGAAGGUACAGCAGAUAUGAAUGAAAUGAUUGUUCGUUACCCAUUCCUUGCAUCUGGGGAGAAGGAUACAAGCCUUGCCCAGAUCAAAGAGAAAGCAAGAAACUGUUACUUUCCUGCCUUUGAAAAGGUGUUGAAGAGCCAUGGACAAGACUACCUUGUCGGCAACAGGCUGAGCAGGGCUGACAUUCACCUGGUUGAACUUGUCUACCAUGUGGAAGAGCUCGAUUCCUGCAUUAUGAUCAGCUUCCCUCUGUUGCAGGCCCUGAGAACCAGAAUCAGCAACCUCCCCACGGUGAAGAAGUUUCUGCAGCCUGGCAGCCAGAGGAAGCCUUUCGAGGAUGAGAAAUAUGUAGAGGAACUGAAGAAGAGUUUCUGGUAAAUGUUGCAGAACAUGGACAGGAAUAGCACAUACAAUACCAAUCUUUUGAAGUUUUGGAACGAUGAAGUGCCUUAUGUUGAUCCUGCUUACUGUGAGGCUAACAAAGUUCUCCAUCGUUUUUAUGGCAAUUUAAUUAGAAAUCAGCUAGCAGGUGUAGUUGCAAUGCUGUCAAUUUGGCUUUGAGCACAUUUGAAAUCAUGGUCACCUUCUAGAAUACCUCUUUGAAUUUGAAUAAAACAGAUUUUUAGAUUCUGAUCUAUUCAAAAAUUGUCAUAUACCAGCUGUCAUAUACCUUGUCAAAGAAAAUUUAGUAGAAAUUUUUAUCUGACACUUUAGUGUAUGCAAAAAUACUCUUUUCCUUUUAAGUUUUUUUUUGCUACCUUUCUG